AUGCCUGUUAACGAAUUCAACCAAGUAGUCGCAGAACCAAUCCCAAAAUGGGAACCAAGACCAAAUCCAGGAAACGUUACAAUUAAAGGUAAAUUCUGCACAAUCGUCCCAUUAGAUCUCGAAAAACAUAGUCCAGAACUCUUCGAAGCUUAUCAAUUGGAAAAAGAUGAUAGUAUGUGGACUUUCUUAGCAUUUGGUCCAUAUAAAAAUGUAGAUGAAUUCAAAGAGUCCUUUGAUCACAGAAUAAAAACAACAGGUGAGACUCACUUUGCUAUUAUUGAUAAUAAGAUUAAUAAGCCUGUUGGGCAAUAUUGUUUGAGAAGAUGUGACGCUGCAAACGGUGUAGUUGAGGUUGGUUGUGUCAUAUACUCGCCACUUUUGAAAAGAAGUAGAACUGCUACAGAAGCUCAUUAUCUGCUAGCCAAAUAUGUGUUUGAAACACUUCAAUAUAGAAGAUAUGAAUGGCAAUGUAAUAGUUUGAACAAGGCAUCACAUAAUGCCGCUGUAAGAAUGGGAUUCCAAUUCGAAGGUGUUCAUAGACAAAUAUGUGUUGUAAAAGGUAGAAAUAGAGAUACAAAUUGGUUGUCUAUGCUAGAUCAUGAAUGGGAUCUUUGUAAAAGGGCCUUCCAGGCAUGGUUGGAUGAUUCUAAUUUCGAUGCAGAUGGUACACAAUUACAACGUCUACAAGAUAUUAGAGCCUCUUUGUCCACAUAA